AUGCCAAGGUUGGCGCUCAUGGCCAAGAAGGUACUCGGUGCCAUUGGCAAUGCCGUUCACCAUCUGGAUAAUGUGAAGCAUGUCCUGGCUGGCCUCAGCAAGCAGCAUGCUGAAGAGCUCCAUAUAGAUCCUGAAAAUUUCAAGCUUUUUGGUGAGGUGCUGAUAAUUGUUUUGGCCAGUAAGCUGGGAUCUAAAUUCACUCCUCAAGUCCAGGCUGCCUGGGAGAAAUUCAUGAAUGUCUUGGUGGCUGCUCUGAGCCAUGGCUACUUCUAA